UUUUCAUCCGGAAGUUAUUGUCUGAAGUUAUUUUCGGUGGGAGGCGAUGCAUCUUUUUCACUGAGCUGCAAAAAAAACGCUAUAAAACAUCACAGGGAGCAGAAUAAAGCAGUUCAGGGGCUCGUAGAGACUAAUUGUGCUUUACUUUAUUGCCGAGACGUUUUCAGUACUGAAAUAUGGUGCGGAGCGGCAAAGGCUCCCCGCUUCCUCCAGCCUCCCUGCAGCUGCUGGUCCCUCCCGUGAGGCUCAUGUCAGCCUUCGUGUGGAAGGCGGUGCAGCAGGACAGCGCCGUGCAGUACGAGAAGCUGGUGGACUUCAUCGACCUGGUGACAGAGAUCGUCCCGGAGCUUCUCAGUGCCAGUCAGAAGGGCCAGCUGGUCCUGGGCCUCAGGGCAAGGUUUGUUCUGGAGCUGUGUCGGGGCAACGCCGUCGCCAACCUCAAGACUAUCCAAGGCCACCUGGAUAAAAUUCACACCUGCUGUCUGGAACUGAGCACCAGUGAACAAAUGGAAAGCUGUGAUAUUCUGAAGACCUCAUACAGCAACUUUGCAAGCCUGGUGCAGAACAUUUUGAAUUUUCCCUUGGAAAAGGAACUCUUCUUCCAAGAUGUUUUUCCAGAACACUACGGUUCAGCCUUCAACCAGCGGCUCCAACAGCUUGUGUCUUUGCUCCUGACAAGACUGGAGCAGCUGAUGCCCGUACCGGACCUGCAGCAGACAGCAAAUUGGCUCAAUGAAUCAUCGGCCUCAGAGGACCUCGGACUUCAUCUGUCCGAGCCUUUCCCUCUGAAGACUCUGCUGCUGCAUCACAGAGAGCUGGGGACUCUCAGUUCUGCUUCUUCCAGCACUGAAGAGGAUGUCAUUUUAUCCACGCUGGCCCUCUCCACUCAAACCGACCAGUUCAGCGAGGACGAUAAAGACGACGACGAUAAAUUCGACAGCGACGAAGACUCUCCUGAGGAUUUGGAGGAAGACUCAAAUCAGAGCUUGGAAGACAAAUCAGAAGACUGGUUGCCAAAAAAUAAAUCAGGUUCUCUCUCCCGUUUAUUCAUCUGUACCAAGAGUCCAGGCGCGCAGCAUAUACCGAGGGCGGUUCGAAAGAACAUCCCGCAGGAGCUGCACUGGACAGCUCCUAUUGGGAACACCAAAGCUGUGAAAAAGGUCAACAAAAAUCAGCUGAAGAGCCAAGAGAUCAAGAGUAAAAACAAGAAACUAGAGGACGGCGUGAAGAAUCAUCAGAGAGGCAAACUGAAAGACGGUAUCGACAAGAAGGAGGAACUCGAUCAGAAGAAGGAAGGGUUGAAAAACAAAAGUCGACGGAAGCGGAAAGAGCCCACCGGGGAGGAUAAAAGGUUCCUGAGCACGCGACCGGUGAACAAAAACUUCACGGAGGAGGAAACGAAAUGCUCGACGUGCGAGAAGACGUUCGAACAUCCCAAUCAGCUGAAGACGCACGUGAAGCUCCACUCCUUCCGCUAUUGCUGCAUUGACUGCGAGAAGGGAUUCACGAGCCAGUCUGGCUACUACCACCACCAGAGGCUUCACAAAAAAGGCCGGGUGUUCACGUGCAAGGAGUGCAACAAGGGCUUCCUGUGCAGCUACUCCCUGAAGCAGCACGAGCGCGUGCACGACGGCCCCACCAACUUCUGCGUCAUCUGCGAACGACACUUCAGCAAAAACGGCUUCAUAAGGCACAUGCAGAUGCACCGAGGGGAAAGGAACUUCCUGUGCACCACCUGCGGGAAGGCGUUCCUGUCCUCCGGGGAGCUGCGGCUGCACAACCGCUCUCACACGGGCGAGAUGCCGUACACGUGCAUCCACUGCGGGAAGGGCUUCUCCAGCAAGGGUCACCUGGUCGUCCACACGCGCUCCCACACCGGCGAGCGUCCGUACCUGUGCGCCGAGUGCCCCAAACGUUUCCUCACCCUGAACUGCCUCAAGAGGCACUCCCUCAGCCACAACGGGGUGAAACCUUUCAAGUGUCCGCACUGCGACCAGGCGUUCUCUCAGCAGGGGAACAUGAAAAGACACAUGACGACUCAUAAACCUGACUGUUAGUGGUUUGACUUGGGUCUCACACACACGCACACAAAAAAAACUUUAAGCUAUGGUUUGCGAGAUCCUUUGACAGAUUUUCCAUGCGACGGUGAGUAAAUCCCCGUGUUUGUAAUCAUGCUAACUUUGGUUUAUCUGCUGUGCAUCCCAGUGUGAAAUGUAUUAAAAUAUAUUUAAUAGUU